AUGAUAUUAUGGGUAUAACUGUACAAGAACCAGUAGCACUACUUAACAAUAAGAAGAAAAAAAUUUCAGACAACACCAAAAUAUUAAUAACAGCUAUAGAAAUCAUUGCCUAUACUCAAUAUCUUCCCUUAGAAAUGUCUGCCUUGUUUGUUAUAUCUAAAAGAGAAAUAGAAGAGAAUGUGAAAAGCCUAUUGGAACAUCUAACAAAAAAAGAGUAUAAAAAGAAUAAAGGCUCUGAAAAUAAAUCAAAAAAAAAACAAACCGAAGAAGAGGAUGAAGAAAUUGCUAUUAAUCACGAAAAAACUAGCGAUCUUAACA